CGAAGAAGAAGACACUUUCCCUUCAUCGGAUCAUUGUUUAAACCACAAGGAGAGUUACAGAGGAAGUAUCUUUAAUAAGGUUGGAUGAAAUGGAUUGUAAUCUUAUUGCUACAUCUGGGAAGUUGUAAGAAGAAUGGAAAAGCGAAUUGAAAACAUUAUACAGUUCUAUCUCUGCAGUCAUCUACCUAUGAUACCCGUAGCAUUGGUUUGGUAUCGGUAACUACCGGUACAAUCAGCGGCCACUUGUCUGCAUUUUCAAUAAUGUUUUUACAAUCGUAGCUAUUUUAAUGCAUACUAUCGCUUAAAUUCGUGCUUUGUUGUAUGGUGUAAGACGUCUGUGAAGUUGUGAAAUCGUGUUUACGUGAUGCAGGCUACAGUACAGUAACUUUAGCAUGCUACUGUACAGUAGUUUAUUUUCGGUUCCAGUGUAUAACAGUUUUAUUCAACAUGUAUCAGUCAUGGAUUAGCUAAUACAUGUAUUAUGUUAUCUAGUUUAAUGGUGUGAUAAUCGGGAUAUUUGCUUUGCAUUUCAAUCUGCACAUGAAUAUGGUUCUGCAAUGUAUUGCAAUGUUAGGUAGGCUACUCAAGUCCCUUGGCAUUCUGCAAGCAUGAAUACUUUACAAUAAUGGAAGAUAUGCAUUGUGUUAAUCUUACUAUUUGUCCAUGUAUUGAAUGAUACACAGCUUUCCAUAAAUGCAGUGUGGACUUUUUACAGAUGAAACCCCUUCCAUUAUGACACUCCCUUCCUGUAUCUGUCAUAAAGGCCUAUGCAUUCUUUGUCCUUUAGUUACACAACUAAAUCUAGUAUCUGUCACUUACCUUUCAUGCUGUAGAUCUGCUGUCAUGGUGCUGAGAAUGCUUAGUACUGUAUCUGUCACUUACCUUUCAUGCUGUAGAUCUGCUGUCAUAGUGCUGAGAAUGCUUAGUACUGUAUCUGUCACUUAUGUAUUCUCUGUAUGUAUUAGGUAUGAACCCUUAGACAUACAGGUACCUCCUGCGCUCCCUCCUGCCUCACGUUCGGCCCCUGUCCUUGGUGAUAUACCCCAGACCCCCUUGUAUCCACCCCAGGCUUCUGAACUUGCCCCAGUGGGGUGAAGACCAGAAGAGGGUGAUGUCCUUCCUGCCUCUCUCUCCCUUAAAUGCAGCUGGUGAUUCCAGAGAUCUGGCAGUCAUCUCUCAACAAGAAACAGCAGCAGUGGAUUGCCCGGACGCUGUUUACCAGGAGCCUUCUACAGAGCUCACAGUUCAUCACUGUCCUUUCCCUGGAGGGGUGAAGACCAGAAGAGGGUGAUGUCCUUCCUGCCUCAGAAUGUGCUGGGUACCCAACCAGGAGAUACCUACAGAGCUCACAGUUCAUCACUGUCCUUUCCCUGGUGGGGUGAAGACCAGAAGAGGGUGAUUUCCUUCCUGUGUCCAAGGCCUGCCUCAAAAUGUGCUGGGUACCCAACCAGGAGCCUCAUACAGAGCUCACAGUUCAUCACUGUCAUUUCCCUGGUAGGGAGAAGUUCUGCCUCAAAAUGUGCUGGGUGAAUAAGUUCAGUGAUGUUCCAGAUUGUGAGAAGUUCUUCCUGGAUGGGCAAACUCCAAAUCUCCCAGGUAUUUUGGAUGGUGGGACAGUCCAGAACCAGAACCGCUACAAGCCGAUCUGCCAGUUGUUCAACAACAUCUACAGGUUUGCAACUCUCUACGACACGACCAACAGGAUCCCUGUGUUCUCAGCCUACAACUUCACUGGUCCUGGGUGCAACAGAACAAGUCAGACCUGGAUGAUCGAGCCCCAGCUUGAAAAUUUUAAUAUAAAAGAGAUGAAAACCCAACAAGAGUUGAAGAUGCUUAAUAAUAAAACAGACAUAAGAGUCGACCAUCAGGCUGCAGACGCAGACUACAGUGCAACAAUAAGUAGCAUGGAUCUGGACAGAGGUCACCUGUUCCCAUGUAAAGCCACACCUGAUGAUGAUACCAUGAGGUCCACUUUCACCCUGACAAACGCCGUUCCCCAGGAAAGAGGCUUCAACCGAGGCAGAUGGUGUAAAAUGGAGGGCAGAUUCAGAGUAGCUCUUAUGAACUGUAAGAAUAACAACAACCAGAUAGAAGCCUAUGUGGUGACUGGAGCAGUUCCCAACAACAACAACGUAAUACUGAACAACAAAGUGAACGUCCCAGAUCUCCUGUGGACAGCCUUCUGCUGUUACAACAACAAGGACAAGAAGUGGAUGGCCGGAGCAUACUGGGGGGAGAACAAAAAGGACAAUGGUAAAAUAUUGAACCUGGAAACCUUGAGAGCACUCGAAGUCAAGUUGACGACAAGCUACAAUGUUGAUAUCAAGGUGUUUCACGAUAAAUGUCCAAGAAAAGUUAAUGUACAACAGGUUGAGAGUGUAGAAGAGGAGCCGGGGAAAAAGACGGAAGGGAGCGGAGAGGGGAGCAAUAAGAUGGAGAGAACAUCAGGGGAGUUAAAGGAACGUGAUGUCGAGGAUAGAUGUGAUUGUGACUGUGAUGAAAAGUAAUGAGUUUUGUCCAGUGGUAAUUCCCACAACUAUUGAGUACACAUUGGUUAAGUAAUAAGGGUUAAAUGGUUAUAAUAGGGUUAUAAUGGUUAUAAUAAGGGUUAUAAUGGUUAUAAUAAGGGUUAUAAUGGUUAUAAUAGGGUUAUAAUGGUUAUAAUAAGGGUUAUAAUGGUUAUAAUAAGGGUUAUAAUAAGGGUUAUAGUGGUUAUAAUAAGGAUUAUAGUGGUUAUAAUAAGGGUUAUAGUGGUUAUAAAAAGGGUUAUAGUGGUUAUAAUAAGGGUUAUAAUGGUUAUAAUAGGGUUAUAAUGGUUAUAAUAAGGGUUAUAAUGGUUAUAAUAAGGGUUAAAAUGGUUAUAAUAAGGGUUAAAAUGGUUAUAAUAAGGGUUAAAAUGGUUAUAAUAAGGGUUAAAAUGGUUAUAAUAAGGGUUAUACUGGUUAUAAUAAGGGUUAAAAUGGUUAUAAUAAGGGUUAUAGUGGUUAUAAUAAGGGUUAAAAUGGUUAUAAUAAGGGUUAUAAUGGUUAUAAUAAGGGUUAUAAUGGUUAUAAUAAGGGUUAUAAUGGUUAUAAUAAGGGUUAUAAUAAGGGUUAUAAUGGUUAUAAUUAAACAAGUUUAAGGGUUAUAAACAUUAAAGACAAGCUCUGUUACUUUGGCGACUAAGAAAGUAUAUUUUAAACCUCCCACUUUGUGCUGGAUGUAUCAAUGUGUCGUUCAAACAUAUAGAAUCUAUGAGCAGAAUUACUGUUUCCCUACAUUUCACCCCCCUAGCAAAUUGAGUCUUAGCCAAUGAGCAUCAGCCCCUCACAUGUGAGUGAAAACUAGUGUGGUGGCAGAAUUUGUGUUGAACUGUUGUAACUUCUCAAGGGACAUGUUCUGUGUUGGACUGUGAUGCCUUUCAUAGAGUCCUGGUGUGUCUGGACCUUAAACACAAGGCCAUUGUGUUCUGGAACUGUUGCUGUUAUAAAUAACUGUAACAAUCUGAUGGUAUUAUCACCUCCCACUAUAUAAGGGACAUGGAACCAUUUACUCAGGGGGUUCUUCCCUGUGAAAUCACAAUCAUCUCCUCUGCAGCUGCUUGAUUAAAGAUCUUUCUAUUCAAUUAAAAA